AUGCUCUCAGUUGGUCGACCAUGUGAUCUUCAAGAUGAAGAGGAGAAAAGUUUAGUUGAAGGAUUAAUAACUGCAAGUAAAUGGGGAUUUCCAUUAACUUGUUUUGAGGUUCAUUUGAUGGUUAAACACUAUUUAGAUAGAAAAGGUUUAACUGCAAAACAGUUUAAGAAUAACAUGCCAGGACCUGACUGGGCAAAAUCAUUCCUUAAACGUCAUAAUUCUACAUUAACCAUACGUUUAUCUGAGAAUAUAAAACGCUCUAGACCAAAUAUUUCAAUUGAAACAAUAACACAUUUUUUUAAUGAGUUAAGCCAGACCUUGGAAGGUGUACCCCCAGAUGCUAUCAUCAAUUAUGAUGAAACCAACCUUACCGAUGACCCGGGAAAAGUAAAAGUUAUAUGUCGACGUGGUACUAAGCAUGUGGAUUAUUUAUUGGACUCUUUAAAAGCUAGUACGUCUGUUAUGUUUAGUGGGCCAGCUUCAGGUGUCAUGUUGCCAGUGUAUGUUGUGUAUAAAUCUGAGCAUUUGUACCCUAGUUGGACAUACCAUGGUCCACAAAAAACACGUUUCAACAGAUCCAAGAGUGGUUGGUUUGACAUGAAAAUCUUUGAAGACUGGUAUUUUGAAGUAGUUUUGCCAUAUUUCAGGACUAUAAAUGCUAACAAAAAGGUCAUGAUUGGUGAUAAUUUGGCUAGCCAUGUGUCAGAAGAGGUAAUCAAAUCAUGUGCAGAAAAUGGUAUAAGUUUUGUUCUUCUUCCCCCUAAUACAACACAUCUGACACAAUCACUCGAUGUGGCAUUUUUCAGACCUCUUAAAUUAAAGUGGAGAGAUGUCUUAAGAAGUUGGAAAAAUAAAAACAUUGGUACCUUGCCUAAAACUCAAUUUCCAGGGCUACUUAAAAAUAGUAUCACUGUAUUUGAAGAUCCAGAUGAUCCAGAUCCAUUACAACCAGAGUUAGAAAUUGAAAGUCCUCUAGUUAUAACUAUACCAGCAAGUAAUGAACCAGUUGCAAGUUCUUCUCAGGUUAAUAGUAUGUCUACAAUCAACAUGUAUGAUUCAGAUGAUGUUGAUGAUGAUGAAAACUUUAAAAAAAAAACUUAA